AUGGAGUCUUCAAAACCAGAGCGCUCCCGCUCUCGCUCUCCACGAAGAUCCCCCGGUCCGCGCAAGCCCAAAACCUUCAGCGGCCUCAAAUACAAAGGCGACCGCGACCGCCGCGACCCAGACAGACGACGCGACGACCGAGAUCGAGAAAGGCGACCGAGAGACUCAGACCGCGAUCGCGACCGCAGACGCGAUGGCUCCAGAGAACGCGACCGGCGUCCCCGAGACAACUCCCGCGAGCGCAGACGAGACGGAAGCCGCGACCGGCGCCGCCGUUCCCGCUCGCGCGACCGCAAACCACGAGACAGCGACCGCGACAGCAAACCCAAAGAGAAGAAACCCGCAGCCGCUCCUGCGGCACCUUCUGAGCACAUGAUCCUCGUCACUAUCAAUGACCGUCUCGGAACAAAGACACAAGUGCCGUGCCUGCCCAGCGACCCUAUCAAACUACUGAAGGCUAUGGUGGCGGCGAAGAUUGGCAGACCGGUACAUGAGAUAAUGCUCAAGAGGCAGGGGGAGAGGCCGUUUCACGAUAAUUUGACGUGUGAGGACUAUGCUAUAAGCAAUGGCGUGCAGAUCGAUUUGGAGUUGAAUACUGGGGAUUAG